GGCGCGGGCGAUUCGGCGCCGACAGUUCGGCGCGGACGUUUCGGCGAUAUGUCAAUUCGACGAUGUCCGUUUCGGCGCGUGACCGUUUCGGCGAUACGGCAAUCUACCUAUCUGUAACAUUGUCUCACCGUAUGGCGUGUGGUAUAGAAAUGUUAUCUUUAUUACUAUUGUUAUUAUUACUACAAGAUAAAUCGACAUCACGAUAGUCGAUAUGGAUGAUCUGAUAAUUUUAUAAUUUUAUAAUUUAGUUAGUCUGCGGAAAGUGAAGUAGGUACACCUAUACGUAGUCAAGUUUUUUGUGUAGGUAUUAUUUUUUUUAUCAUUCGUAAAAGUUAAAAAAUGUCAAAAGUAAAAUCAAAAAGAAACAAAAACGUGAUCCCCGUGGAUGGUUUUAUGUUCAUAUUUGAUAAGCUAAGUGCUGACGAAACUAAACGGUUUUGGCGAUGUCGUCGUAAAGAUUUGUCUUGUCCGGCUCGAAUACAUACCAGUAUACAUGAUUUUAAAGUUUUAAAAUUAUCUGCUAAAAAACAUUGUCAUGAUUCUGAAGCGGCUAGAAUAGAAGCAGACACAGCUAUAACGAGUAUGCGUCAACGAGCUAUUUUAACAAUGGAACCUACGUCUUGUGUAAUUAAUGAAUGUGUUAACGGGCUAUCAGAUGCGGCAAAGGGCGUUUUACAAUCUUCCGAAGCUCUAAAACGACAAAUACCCGAUGAGUAUCAAAAUUAUUCACCAUCAAUCGGAGUUAAUGAACAUUUUUUAUUGGCUGAUAGUGGGCCUAGCAAUGAAAGAAUAUUAAUAUUUGGUCGACCACUUGGUCUCAAGUUAUUAAAAGAUUCGAAAAUAUGGUACAUGGAUGGAACUUUCAAAGUGGCACCAACUUUAUUUUGCCAAGUUUAUGUCAUUUUAGCUGAAUUUUUAGGGGGAGUGCAUCCUGCAGUUUAUGCAUUUCUACCUAACAAAAAGGAACAAACAUAUGUACAAUUAUUUAGUAUGAUUAAUCAAUUACAACCUGAUCUCCAUCCAACAUCAGUUUCUUGUGAUUUUGAACUUGGAGCCAUCACAGCAAUAAAAAAUUCUUUUGAAAACAUUAAUAUUUUUGGGUGUUAUUUUCAUUUAAGCCAAAAUUUUUUGAAAAAAGUUGGAGAGUUACAUUUACUGUCAAAAUAUAAUAAUGAAGCAAACUUUUGUGUUGCAACCAAAACAAUUAUUGCGCUGGCGUUUAUACCAUUGUGUGAUUUAGAUAUGGCUGCAGAUGAGUUGGCAAACGAACUUCCAGAUAAGCUUAUACCAUUAUUUGAGUGGUUUGAAGAAUUUUACAUUGGGAAGAAAAAUCGACGUAUAGGACGAAGAAAACCACGAUAUUCUCCUGAAAUGUGGAAUCUUCACCAACGAAUAUUGAAUGAUACAGAUCGGACAAAUAAUCAUGCAGAGGCGGCAAACCGACGAUUAAAUAUUCAAAUGGGUACUCAUCCAACGAUAUGGACCUUCAUUGAGAAUCUCAAAAAAAUUCAAGCCGGGCGUGACACGUACUAUGAAAAUCUUGUGUCGGAAAAUAAUGAUCUGAUGAAGGCAACUGAGGGUUUGUGGUGUCCAAAAUAA